AUGAGCGGUUACUCCACCGUGUCCUCCCUUACUUCAAUAUCUCAGAACUGGUUUGACUCAACGGACAACUCCUCAACCGGUAGACAAGGUGUCCACGCCCUAUUUGUUGAUUUCCGGAAGGCGUUUAAUUUGGUCGACCAUAAAAUCCUUCUGGACAAGCUUGCUGAUAUGAAUGUCACAAGGAGUUUCUGGCUAUGGAUAAUGAGUUUUCUGGAGGGAAGAACACAACAGGUAAAUCUCCAAGGUGUACUAUCCUUUACUGCAUCAUGCCCAGCCGGCGUCCCUCAGGGAUCUGCUAUCUCGCCGACCUUAUUCAACAUUCAUAUUAACGAUAUGGAGGAAAAUGUUUCUGAACAGGCAUGUGUCAACACAACCAAAUAUGCGGACGAUUGUACCAUGGAUACGUCGAUAAGAAUAGGAGAAUCUAGCGAUUUGCAAAGCGCUCUGGACUCAGUGCAAAGUUGGGCUGUGGAAAAUAAGAUGGAACUGAAUGCCAAAAAGACAAAAGAUAUGUGGAUUAACUUUACCGAAGCACCGUCCCCUCCACCACUGCAUAUAGGAGACGCUAUCAUAGAAAAAGUCGAUAAUUUCAAACUCUUGGAAACCUGGUUUCAAAAGGAUCUGAAAUGGAAUAAACAUGUCGAGGAGAUAACUCGCAAAGCAGCUAAAAACCUGUACUGCCUAAAAGAAUGUAGAAGAGCGAAUCUACCAGUCGAAGUGGGUCUCACCACUUAUCUAACUAAAAUCAGGCCUAUCCUUGAAUAUUGUUCUCCAGUGUGGGGUGGUCUGCCACGAUAUCUAAAGGACGAAUUGGAACGUGUACAAAGGAGGAGUCUACGAAUUAUUGGCCUCCCGCAUGGUUACCUGCCAACUCUCGAAGAGAGAAGAAUUGAAGCCACAUCGAGAGAACUCGAUACUAUCUUACGUGAUCCAAGUCAUAUCUUUUAUCAACGAACUAUGGAACAUAAUAAACAUAACUAUAACCGUAGGGGUAGAGACGGCAUAUUUAAAUACGCACCUUUUUCAGGCACUGAAAGACACAUAAAUAGCUUUAUCCCACGAGCAAUCAGACAGGAGUUGCAUUAA